CUGACCUCUCACCCUUACACCUCCAACACCACCAACUCCCACCCCCUCCCACCUCUACUCUCCGUUUUUUCGCGCCCUCUGCCCCCCUGGGUACUAUUACGCCAUCGCUCUCAAUUCGAUUUUCCACCUUACGACCGUUCACGUUUCCCAAUUGACAUCCUCCCCAGGGGUUCUAUCCGUUAAAGAUGGCCGAUAUGAGCGGCGAGCAGAUGCAGGCCAAGAUCACUGCGGCCAGGCGCGAAGCUGAGGGUCUUAAGGAUAAGAUUAAGCGCAGAAAGGAUGAGCUGGCAGACACAACCCUCCGUCAAGUCGCGCAAAACCAGUCCGACCCCCUGCCUCGCAUUGGAAUGAAGCCACGACGGACGCUUAAGGGUCAUUUGGCCAAGAUUUACGCUAUGCACUGGUCGACCGACCGUCGCCAUUUGGUCUCCGCCUCGCAAGACGGCAAGCUCAUAAUCUGGGAUGCUUAUACUACCAACAAGGUCCACGCGAUCCCAUUGAGGUCGUCAUGGGUUAUGACUUGCGCCUACGCCCCCAGUGGAAACUACGUUGCUUGUGGUGGUCUGGAUAACAUUUGCUCGAUUUACAACCUCUCCUCCCGCGAGGGCCCCACCCGCGUCGCGCGUGAACUUUCGGGACAUUCGGGUUACCUCUCUUGCUGCCGCUUCAUUAAUGACCGCCGAAUUAUCACUUCGUCGGGCGACAUGACUUGCAUGCUGUGGGAUAUCGAGUCGGGUUCGAAGGUGACCGAGUUUGCCGACCAUCUGGGAGACGUCAUGUCGAUUAGCAUCAACCCAACCAACCAGAACAUCUUCGUCUCGGGUGCUUGCGAUGCCUUUGCUAAGCUUUGGGAUAUCCGUACCGGAAAGGCCGUGCAGACUUUUGCUGGACACGAGUCAGACAUCAACGCCAUUCAAUUCUUCCCCGACGGCAAUGCCUUCGGAACCGGUUCUGACGACACCUCCUGCCGCCUGUUCGAUAUCCGUGCCGACAGAGAACUCAACAUCUACCAGAGCGACCAAGUUUUGUGCGGUAUUACAUCCGUUGCUUUCUCCGUUUCUGGAAGAUUAUUGUUUGCAGGAUACGAUGACUUUGAGUGCAAGGUCUGGGAUGUCCUUCGAGGAGACAAGGUUGGCUCCCUCAGCGGACACGAGAACCGUGUCAGCUGCCUCGGAGUCAGCAACGACGGAAUCAGCUUGUGUACUGGAUCUUGGGACUCUCUGCUCAAGGUCUGGGCCUGGUAAAACGAGAAAAAGAAAAGAAAAACAAGAUACCCUGUUUCAGUCAUUCGCAAACGCACUUUUUAUUUCGAAUUUACUUCUUUUUUGCGCCGAUGGGUUACAUGUCUGCCAUUGUACGAUAAUUCUUAUUUGCCGAAGAGCGAUUGCCCACCUUACAUCCAUAAUAUGCCUUGAGGGGGAACAGACGAGGGUACGAAUCACAACCAGCGAUGAAUGAGGCAGAUCCCAGGGUUGUGGGAAGUUUCCGGUUGAGUUCGUGCUGCCUCGAAUUGGAUGUGCGAAAAGAA